ACUUGAAAAAUCUAGAAUACGAAUAUAAUUUUGUUGAAAGAUCUUUAAAAAAUAUACUAGAACAACUUGAAAAAGAAAAGAAAAUCAAUUUCGAAGUACGAAAAACAGUUGAAAUAUUAGAUCAAAAAGCUGAUAUCAUAUUAAUGAAUUACUCGUCAGAAAAAAUCAAAGAAAUUAAAAAACUCAUCGAUAAACUACGAAAUAAGAAUCAAUUCUUUUCAAAAAAAAAAGAUGAAUGUGAAAAAAAAGAUCUCGAUAAUCAACUAAUUAUCAAUGAAAAUAAAAAUUUAAAAGAACAAAAUUUUGAAAAUAAAAUACUAGAAAUAAAAGUAGAAAUUAAUAGUGAAAGAAGAGUUCUCAAUGGUUUUAUCAAAAAUAACAAUCUUGAAUUAGAAAAAGAACUAAUAGAUAAAUCAUUAAACAACUUUAAAAUACCAUACAACAUAACAGAUUCGUUAGAAAGUAAAAUGGACCUUCUUAUAGAAAUUA